AUCCGAAAGAAGAAUCAGGCACUGACAAGACACUGGUUUCAUGGGAAAGCGCCUACGUUUCGCAGAAGCUGUCUAUGAGGUGCUAUUCAUUGUCAAAGCCCGCAUACUCAACGGCGACUACGACCAUCUUCUCUAUGAGCUGUCUGAUGAUGACUUGUCCAACUGUCCUUGGGAAAUCACUGCUCGAUAUGACGGUACCCCUGGGCCGCCUGAAGUGUUCUUCAACGUCAAGUCUACCCUAUCCACGGACGAGAACACCCCCACUAUUCGCGAGCUGCCUAAGAUCGACUGUGAGAGAAUCCGCCAGCACAAGCUGUAAUCCAACUCUACGAGUGUGCUAUCCACCUUCUCUAGGUCCACAGAAAGUUUGGUUUACCCCGCAUGUGGUAGAUCUGAGAAGGCCAGGACUGUCCUAUGUAUCAUUGCAAAGCAGAUGGAAUCAUGAACUUGAGUAGCAUUACAUUAAUUACACCGCGUGCUUUCCUCGCAAGCAAAGACUGGAGAUCCAUGGAGAGAAUGUGUCCCAUGCAGGCAACGCUCGCUGGAUCUCAGGUUCUGGGCCAAACGGAAUAUGCGGGUCAAAUAUGGCACAUGGAAUGUGAUU